AGACCGGAACGAAUGGAUGACGCAAGACUGGCCCGGAAGGUUUACUUGUGGAGUGUGCAUGAGAGCAAAUGGAUUAAGAACUGCAUGAGAAUGGUUGGUGACAGUGGUAUAUAGCGAAUCAGGUUGUGCCGAUAUGAAGGCCUACUCCAACGGGUCACCUAUAGGCUAUACAGCAAGAGCAAGAGCAAGAGAGGAACACGACACCCGUGACAGCACACAUUACUCUUCCUGCCGAAGUCGAUUUUAGUCGCCAGGAUCAGCUCUAUCCCGGGGUACACCUUGACAUCAUCAGCCACAAGCAACCUGCACUACCGGAGCUUUAGAGGACGUGGUCCCAUGGCUUAACCAGACUCCAAAACGUUGAAGAACUGGGGUAUUUCAGGAGCUGUGAGUGUGUAUUCUACAUCAAUGCUCAGCAGGAUGGUGGUAGUGGCAUUUCUCCACCCAGACCUGGGCAUUGGUGGGGCUGAGCGUCUGGUGGUAGAUGCUGCUUUAGCACUGCGCAGAAAGGGUCAUCAGGUGCAUCUGUUCACUGCCCACCAUGACCCAACGCACUGCUUCCCUGAGACCACAGAUGGCCAACUGAAGGUAACCUGUGUUGGAGAUUGGCUGCCACGCUCCACUUGUGGUCGUUUCAUGGCAUUUUGGGCAUACUUGCGCAUGGUAUACGUGGCACUUUAUCUGGUACUGGUGAGUGACCUGGCCUUUGAUAUUGUGUUUGUGGACCAGGUUUCAGCUUGUAUCCCCUUCCUCAGGCUGAAAAGACAGGCCAAGGUAUUAUUUUACUGCCAUUUCCCAGAUCAGCUUCUAACGCAGCGCCACACGCUUCUCAAAAAGUUGUACAGGUACUUCUUGGACACCUUGGAGGAGUAUACCACCAGCCUAGCAGACUGUGUCUUGGUCAACAGCCACUUUACAGCCUCAGUGUAUCAUGAGACCUUCCACUCUAUAAGAGCUUCACCCUCUGUUCUGUACCCAUCACUGGACUUUGACAAGUUUGACAAGUAUUCUUCUCUCACCUUGCAUGAUGUUGGUCUUGAUAUUGAUGAUACGUGUAUGUUUUUAUCUUUAAAUCGUUUUGAGCGGAAGAAAAAUUUGAAUCUUGCUUUGGAAGCCUUCAAAUUGUUGGUGGAGAGAAGUGAAAAGCAGCAGUCUUCUAUUAAUUUGCACCUGGUUCUGGCUGGUGGCUAUGAUCCCCGACUGCAAGAAAAUGUUGAACACUUUUCUGAGCUGGGCAACAGUGCCAGGAAUCUGGGUAUUGCAGACAAAGUUACCUUCCUUAAAUCUCCUGAAGAUAAGGUAAAGGUAGCCCUGCUAAAGGCAGCCAUGUGUUUACUUUACACUCCAGACAAGGAACACUUUGGCAUUGUGCCAGUAGAGGCCAUGUACAUGGGCACGCCUGUCAUUGCUGUCAACAGUGGAGGACCACGAGAGACUGUAGUGAGUGGAGAAACGGGAUUCCUCACCCAUCAGACUCCAGAGGCUUUUGCUGAGGCAAUGGAGAACUUUGUGACAGGCAAGAAUAAGAAAAAGGCAAUGGGCACUGCGGCCCACAGUCGUGUGGUCAAAAAUUUUUCUUUCAUACAAUUUUCUGAACAUUUAAACUACAUUGUACAAGGCCUUAUGGAUGAAAGAAAGCAAAAGUAAUUGAUGGAAUAAAAGUACCUUUCUUGGGGCAUUCCAGUAAUAUUAAGGUUUGGAUGAACUUUUAUUUUUGGUUUUGGGUUGUUAAACAUACAAAAUGGUUUUGAUGCAUUAUGGGUUUUAAGAAAUAUCAGGAGCCAAAAUGAUUCAUUGUAUCAUAUCUGCCAUGUUGCUUACAAUAAAAGAAUAUGAAAAAUGAUAACAUCAUUACAUCAAUAAAUAUCAUUCUGCAAUAGAACUAUGAAUUGUCAUUUCAUUCAUUAUUACGAUUUUGUGUAAUGUAAUUUCAGUGACACUUGCCCAGAGUGAGACACUUAGAAUCCACUGGGCUGGUAUUCCUUGCUGUACUUUUGUUUCCUCUUGUUUUUUGUCCUUAUCCUGGGACAUGUAGGAUUUGGUGGUGUCAGGAUUAGUCCAAUAUUGGUGCUUCAUCAGGUUUGCGUCAUGACCAAAUGCCCCAGCACGACAACUCAUACUAUAAAGUUCACUCAAAGCGUUCUGCGAACUUUGCUUUGUAUAUCAUUACAUGUUUAUCUCAAGAGUAUUUGUCAGGUAACAAAUUGAAGCAGAGUUGAAAAUAUGAUAGGAGUGUUUGAAGUUUUAUUCUGACUUGCAGCUGUCAUCUCUUGCUUUCAGCUGCAGAUGUCAGAUAUCUCUAACAAAAAGAAAGCAGAGGAGUACCUAAGUCCUUCCUGAUGGUACAAAGUCUCUUCCUUGUCAAGACCUUUAAGAAUGGCUCCUCAUGACACCCUCGAUAACUGGGACCGGCUAUAUCUUUGGAGGAUCUCGGAGCAGGUUGGAGCUCCAGAGGUGUUGUGUGCAUGGCCCACCAAUCCAAUCUGGGCAGGUGGGGCUCGUAGCCAUGGUGGGCAAUCCAUAUAGGAGAGGGACAGCUCUGACUUCAAACCCAGGCAGGUGGGACUUGUUAGCCAUGGUUGGCAAUCCACCUAGAGCCUUAGCUGAAAACUGGGGCUGCUUGCAGGAAGGGCAUCUGAGGAAGGAAAAGUCCCACUCCAAGCUGUGGUGUAAGUAGAUAUUUCGGGUAAAAGGUAGUUUAGACUCAUAACUGCUCAUUUGUUUAAAACUGAUUGAGGAAAGUUGAGCAGUUGGCAACACUUAAAAUGAUGAGGGAGCCAUUUUCGGCAAUGCUGCCCUAGUCAUCUGUUGGUGUGGUUCGAGAUUGUAGGUGUGCAGUUGUGUUGGACGUUAUAUGGUGACUUAUGGUCGUGGUAGCGGACUUGUUGUCUCUCCUGAUGGUGUGAUUGAUGUUUUGUUUCUUGGGCUGCAGUCUGCUUCAUUGUAUUCCCCGGUCUGGGCCUGUUGGAGUGCUGGUUUGUUGUGUGGUUGCCGGCAGAGGUGGGCGCAGUACUGAAAAAUCGGUAGUGCGGUACUUUUUCCGGAGGGAGCGGCUGGUGACGGGAGCGCGGGGUGAGGACGGAUGGUGGCCGACGCAGGUGAAGAACAAACUUAAAUAAAAUGAGAACGUGUG